AUGUGUGUGCUCUUUGGGCCUUACCUCCUUGCCGUCGUGGCGGCGUUUCCCCACGCGCAGGCCGCUUUCGCCGAGGCGAAGCAGCGGGCGCUUGCACGGCGACGCCGCAGGCAGACCGAGCGCUGCCCCCAACCCCGGCCGUGGGAGUUCGCAAUGGUGGGGGACGCGGUGUGGGGGGCGGGGGAACGCCACGGCGGGCCCGCGAUGGGGCCGUUUUCGCCCCCUGCGCUUUUCCCGGCGCUGGUGCCUCCCGCGCGGCUGGAGACGGCGGACAGGGACCACAACGUCGCUGGUGGCAUGCCGUUUGUGGCGGCUGUGCGUGUCUUUGCGUCGGACUGGGUGACGCUGACGAUUCAGCGGCGGCGGAAGGCGCCCCUGUGCGCGGUGGAGCUUCCUUCGUAG